UAACAGAAAAAAGGAUCACGGCCAGCCAGUGUCCGCCGAGAGAAAGAAUGCAGGCUCUAGUGAACGCGUUCCUCCGCUGCCUCUCGCUGCUCUUGCCCCCUCCCUGGUUGGGUGUCAGCCUCUGCUUCUGGGCUGCGAAUGGACGCGAGGAGACGCAGUGGCCCAAUCCCAGAGCUCGUCUCAAAAGCAGAAAGCCUCUUACAUAUGAGGAAGUACAGCGCGGAGCCUCCAUCCCCCCGAUCACAACACUUCCUCCAGCCCGCGUCUCGCCAGCUGCGUCCAGCCCCUCCGCGCCUCACGGGUCUCCGCGGGGUCACAUCGGGGGUCUCUGGCAAGCUGUGGAGCGCGUCCUCGGAGCUCCAUUCGCCUUUCACCAUCGCUGGGGUAGAACGCGUCGAGAUUUCUGCGCCCCGCUUCCCGUCGCAGCCUUCGAUCCGAGCGAGAGCAAGAGCUUCCAGGGCAGCGCUGUCAUCACCGAGACGCCGACCGGGACCGCUGACGGCUACUUCACGUUUUCCGGUACUAUGAGCGUCGCCACGGAGUUCCCUCACCAGUACCCGACCCCCACAGACCGUGUGUCCGACGCGGUGGUGGUGGACCGCGGGGGGAUCGAUGAGGUCAUCACCGUGGACAAGCAGCACCUGCAGGAGAUGGGCACGGUGACCAUCACGGUGGCGAUCCAAGCCGCGGACGACGAGGAGCCCGAAGAGGUUACGUCAAACCACCUCGAGUUCCUCGGAGGAAGCUGUAGCGAAGACGAUCUCGGAAGACACGACAAAUCAAGCGGGGCGGGCACGAGCGGCGGGGAGCUGGAGGAGGACAGCUGGCAGCCCCCGGACCAGGAGCUGAUCCAGAAGCUGGUGGCCCAGAUAGAGCACUACCUGUCGGACGACAACCUGGAGCACGACGCCUUCCUGCUCAAACACAUCCGGCGCAACAAGAUGGGCUUCGUCAGCGUCAAGCUGCUCACGUCCUUCAAGAAGGUGAAGCACCUGACCCGUGACUGGCGGACCACGGCCUACGCGCUGAGGCACUCGACGGCGCUGGAGCUCAACGACGAGGGCCGCAAGGUGCGGCGCCACUCGGUGGUGCCGGUGUUCGCCAGCGAGUCGCUGCCCAGCCGCAUGCUGCUGCUCAGCGACCUGCAGAGCUGGCCCGAGCUGGCCGCCCUGAAGGGGGACGGCGGCGGCGGCGGCGUGGGGGGGGCGCCCGUGCAGCAGGAGCAGCUGAUGAAGCUGCUGCUGAAGGCCUUCGGGGCGUACGGGGCCAUCGCCUCGGUCCGCGUGCUGAAGCCCGGGAAGGACCUGCAGGCGGACCUGAAGCGGCUAAGCGGGCGCUACGCCCAGCUGGGCAGUGAGGAGUGCGCCAUCGUGGAGUUCGAGGAGGUGGAGGCGGCGGUGGCGGCCAACGAGGCGGCCGGCGGCGGCGAGGAAGGCGGUGCCGGCCCCCUGGGGAUGAAGGUGAUCCUGAUCGGGACCAAGCCGCCCAAGAAGAAGGUGCCCAAGGACCGGCCCCGCGAGGAGGGCGGUGGCGGGCUGCGCAAGAGCCGCUCGCUGAACAGCCGGGUGCGGGAGCUGCAGUACCACGGCGAGGACUCGGCCGCCAGCUCCUCGGAGACGGAGAGCAACCCCACCUCGCCGCGGCUGGCCCGCAAGUCCCGCUCCUGCAACAAGCUCAGCCCCACCACCGCCGCCACCAUCAGCUUCCAGAACAACCACCUCAGCCCGGCCGUCUCCCCCAGGAACAGCCCCUGGUCCAGCCCCCGCGCCAGCCCCGGCCCCCAGCGCAAGGCCGGCCAGUCCCCGCUGGUCAGCGAGGGCCGGCUCAGCCCCGAGGCCGGGCGCCGCUGGGCCGACUACUCGUCCGACAGCAGCCUGACGCCGUCUGGUAGCCCCUGGGUGCAGCGCCGCCGGCAGGUGGCGUCCCAGGAGAGCAGCCCAGUGGGCAGCCCCAUGCUGGGCCGCAAGAUGCAGAACGCGGACGGCCUGCCCCCGGGGGUGACCCGGCUGCCCCGCGGCCCCGACGGAACCCGGGGCUUCCACCUCGAAGGGCAAGGCGAGCGGGGCAGGAGCGUCACCACGCAGACCUAGCGCCGCCGCUGCCGUCGUGUCCCUUGUUGCUAGGAUACUAACGUGCAUCGGACUGCAUGUCCCGGUCUUCGGCCGUGUCGCUAAGCGCCCCUCUCCCCCCUCCCCCCCCCCCCCUUGCGUUUUGAAUGACUUUGUAGAUGGAUGUGUAUAUAUUUUCUCUUUUGUGGAACCUUUUUAGUUUUUGCCUCAGUUCUAUUUUUAUACCACUUUAGUUUACAUGGUGACUGCCUGUUGAUUAACGGCUUUGAGUUUAUUGUAAAUUUUGUCGAAGGGAAAGAAUCCCUUCAUUUGUGAAGUUCUUACUUUUCUCAAACACUGUCGUGGCUCUGGUCACCGCCAUUAAGGUUUGAUCUCAUUUGACAUGGGCUGGGAGGAUGAUCUCUACAUAUAUUUUAUUUAAAGUGUCCUGUGUGUUCGUAUGUGUAAGUGUUUGAGAGAAAAUUAUGAAUCUGACUGGCGAAUGGUAUUUAAAUGGUGUUGUGCUGAAUGGACCUGAUGUCGCCACAACGUUUUUCUUUUGGUCUUUUUCGUGUCAUUUGUAUACGUCUGAAAAAAAGAGGCCAAGCCUCCCCUGCUAUCCAGGGUCCAAUAAUUUAAUUUAAUUUUGUCCAUCGGCAGCGGUUAUCUUUUAUUUCCUUGUGCUGUUUGCCAGUCGCAGGCAGGGAACUUUAAGCUUCUCAAAAUGAGGGAAAGGGGUGGGGAAACCGGCCUGGCCCUGAUAAAUAUGAUUGAUUUGCAGGUCGUAACGGUUUCUAUCAGUAGGACUGUUAGUGGCGUUUGUUGGAUGCUCUGGUCUGAGGUAGUGGAUUCUGUUAUGUUCUUUGCCUUGACACCGCAACUGGGAUUGUACAGUGCAUUUCAUAUUGUACAAUAAAUCACUAAAAAUGCC